AUGGCCACCCUUCACUUCACUCCAUCUCCUUCCCUUCUUCCGCCGAGACAAAGGCACCCCAACAAACCCAUCACUUCCGGCUUUGAGCUGCAUCUACGGCGGAGACUCACUCCAACCUCACAGCGUCGCUCAUCCUUGACCGUACGAUCCUACAAAGUGGUGGUCGAGCACGAUAACCAGUCGACCGAGCUGGAGGUUGACCCGGACGAGACCAUACUCUCCAAGGCCUUGGACUCGGGCCUUUCAGUGCCUCAUGACUGCAAGCUCGGUGUGUGCAUGACCUGCCCUGCUAAGCUCUUGAGCGGUUCGGUUGAUCAGAGUGAAGGUAUGCUGAGUGACGAUGUGGUGGACCGCGGCUACGCAUUGUUGUGCGCCGCUUAUCCCACGUCGGAUUGUCAUAUUAGGCUCAUACCGGAGGAGGAGCUGCUUUCUCUUCAACUAGCUACUGCUAAUGACUAAAACUGGGUUCUUGGGUUGUUUAGUAGUUUUGAUGGUGUUUAUUUAAAUUGGGCUGGCUUAGAUUGUUCAAGUUGGGUAUUUGAUAUGUAAUAACAAGUAUCAAUUUUUGAUGACAUUUUCGAAAUUUAUCAUGUUGUUGUGUGAGGUCAUUAUACAUGAUGACACUAAAACAAAUUUAUAAUAUAAUUAAGAAAUAUUACAUGGAA